AUGCCAUCAACCGGUCGUGGCCAGAUCUCCAAGUGGUGGCCCCUCGGCUUCUUCAUCGGAUCCAUCAUUUGCUUCAUAAUCGGCGGCGCUCUGGUCGGCUCAUACGUAUCAACAGCCUACAAAAAGUGCUACAACGAAGCGCAAAACAGCCAGAACGAGUUCAACAGCUACAGCACCAGAUACAGCACCAACGACGACCAAAACUACAAAUGCGCCCGAGACCAUAUCGGCCUCUUCUACGCCGGCGUUAUUUUCUUCGUGAUUGCAGGCCUGCUGAAACUGACGGGCUGGGUCCUGCUGAUUGUGUUCUGUCUCAAGCGCCGUCGCGCUAACCAAGCCGCCACCUACUACAACUACAACAUGACCGGCAUGGACAACCACACCCCGCAGCCCUAUAAACCAGUCGCUGAGCCGUUCGCUGCUCCGCAGCCUACUUACGCUCCCUAUGCUCCAUAUGCUCCAUAUGCUGCGCCGCAGUCAGCUGCACCUGGCGCUGUCCAUGCAGACCUGCACCACCAGAACCCGCCUGUGGCUAGCGACCCUCUUCUAAAAGAGGACGGCAACGCCGCAGUGACAGUCGCGAGAUACUGUGGGCGCUGUGGCAUGACUGGGACGGGUCCAACCUGCGCGCGCUGUGGUACUCCUGUUUGA